CUUUAUUUUCCCAAGUAGAACUCAAUUCACAGUCCUGGUAGUUAGACUCCUAUAUUCAUAUUUAAUACAAGUGUAUGAGAAAUACAAGAUACUUUAUGGGAAAUCAAGUAUUCCUGCAACUGUUCCGAUUGGUGGGAUUCCCUUUUGUUGUUAUGUUUCUAUCCAGAUAUAGAUACCCUGGCAUCACACACAAUAUAUUUGACUUAAAAAUAGUCUUAACAAUCAUGCAGCUGUUCUCAUUUUCGUGUUGAAGCACCACAGUAUUUAUUUUCUGUGUAUGUGUGUGUGUGUUGUCACGGGUGACCUCAAACCAGUUAUUAUGUGUAGUAAGAAAUUGGAUUCCUUUGCAUGGAGAAUUUCAGUGGCUAGAGUUCACGGCUCCUCGAUUGAUUCAGAUUCAGUUGUAUUAAGUCUGCCCACUAAUAAUGUAGAGCAAAAUAGGUAUUGUGGUGUUUGCAGAGCCGACCCGAGCUGAACCCAAGACAGAAGUGGAGUCCUGCUGGGAACGAGCUGAAGCCUUGGACAUGGAUUGGAUGAUUUAAAUAUAUUCAUGAAAUGCAUGUACUAUACUCAUUUGUAAUGUCUAGUAGUUUUCAGUUUGUAUUUGUAAUAUUUAAUAGUUUUAGUUUAUAACCAUUGCUGUAGGAAUGCUCCCUCUGUAUGACCCUUUAACUGGAGCAGGGACUGCCUGACACUCUAACCCAGUCAGCUCUAAACCAUCUCUUAUCAAGAUGGGCAUAGCUCCAGAAUAGGGUGCUGGAAUUUCUACUAAAACUUUCUAGUCUGAAUAAUAGAAUAAUGCUAUAUUACUAGAUACAUAUUAACAUGCUUGUUCUAAAUGGUAUAGAUUGUUGUGGUAACAUAUAACCAUAGGUAGUGAUAAUUAUUGUUAGUAUGAAAUACUAUGAACAAUUUUUAUGUAUAAGAUCAUAUGAUUCACUUUGCUUAAUAUGAUAGCAUACCUGAAGCUGUUUUCUAUCAAGAUGAGCAUAGUUAAAAACAGAGUCCUAAUUCAAUGAAAAGAAUUACUGUGUGCUUACAUUCAAGAAUUAUAACUUCUGAAUAUAAAGGGAAAAGGAGUUAGGAGUAUUCUUAAGGGAAAGAGAAAAACAGAAAAGGAUUAAAAGACCUCGCUUUGAGUAGGUUUCUGUUUGUAAUUUAGUUUUAAAAUAAGUAGGUGAGUAAGAACAACCUAGAGUAAAAGUAGACUCUAACUUAAGAAAAUAAGCAUUGUCAGAACAUGACAAAUAAAUAGAGAGUAGGGAAAUUGAAUAAGAACCUAUUGUAAAAUUGCUGAUAUACUGCUGCUAGCAGAAAGUAAUAAGGUUAGCAGCCAUACGCUAUAAGAAGUAACAUACUAGUUUGACUUUGAAGUUAAAAGAUGCAGCAUAAAGAAAAGUUGUGGUAGAACAUACAAAAUAAAAGGAUUGAAUAAAUAAUGAAGAAUAAAAAGCAGGAGGUAGGUUUUAGAAGAAUAAACUAUGUGACCUGUCUUCUUGAACUCUCUAUCAGCCUGCCCUUGGAGAGAUUAAUAUUAGCUGCUGGAAGGCCUUUUUGGUGGGAGGAAGCCGGAAUUUUCUUAUCAGAAGGAUUAUAGUACCGAAGGCCUGACUGCACAUGUGGGGAGUUAGAAUGGAUGGUCUUAACACCUAAAAUAACUAGUCGAAGGGCAAAGGAGGCAUAUGAGAUAUAGGUAUAGAUUUAUAGAAACAUCCAUCAAUACCAAACUUGGCAAGGGAGGAGAUGUCUUUAACGAACUGGAUUUAGCCAGUAUGAAUAUAGCUGAAAAUACAGGGUCAUCUAAGUGUCAAUUGAGUUCAGGCAAUUGGGGCCCAUAGGAGAGAAAGGCAUUACAACUUCACAGCUCAGUAAAAUAGUUGGGUUUUUCAUAAAAGGAAAAAACUCUAUACUAGAAGAGAUAUAGAAUAAAAGUUCCCUAUAAUACCGGCUAAACGUACACCAGUAAGGAAAGAAGGAAACUAAUUUGAGUGAGAUGACAUGAAGGAAUAUAUUUUUUGAAAGCCAAGUUCAUAUAAUCAAUUAUAACCAUUAUAAACUAUAAACUGCUAUAUUAUAAACUGUUGGUGUUGCAUAUAUUCAAAAAACACCACUUUUCCUAUAUUGGUGUUGCAUAUAUUUAAAACACCACUUCUUUUUGUAAUACACACAUAUUAAGUAGUGAAUCAAAACAGCAAGGAUUUUGUGAACUCUGCUUUACCUGAAUUCUUCGGAUAAAGGAGGGGGCAAGGAUGAGUGGGUGAGAUCAUGGGCCAGUGUUGAUUUAUUGGUAUAUGAGUGGGACUGAAGAGUUGGUUGAAUUCCUUAUAGAUUACUGUUUGCUAAGAGAUAAGGACUGUCCAUGGGGAUUGAUGAUUGGGACUAGUUGGGGCCUCUCAUCGCUCGCAAUGGGACAAAAAUUGUAUAAAAACCUGAACUGAUCACACUAUAGCACCACAAUCAAGCUUGGCAGAGCUACGUGGUCCAUCCUUUGCAGAUCUCUACAGAACAGUCCUUCUCUUUUGUUCACGCUACUCUUCCUUAAAAUAGGAGAGUUUCUGGCCUCAGAGGAAAUGCUCCAUUCACAAAAAAACUGCAACAAAUGAACAAGUCUGGACUGUGGAAAGCAUAAAACAAGUCGAUUCUGUGCAACUAGGAGGGGAGGGAGCACUCUCUGUGGUGAUGCAGCAGCAUCUUCAGCAAUGAGCUCUUACUACACGGGUGCCAGCCCUCUGCAUUACCAUCCCGGCGCGCUCAUGAGCACCAACCCUUACUGGCAGUGGAGGCCAGUGAGGGCAACGGGCCACGACCACCACUUCCUGCCCCCCAUCUACAGCAGCCGGCCCCUCACUCUGGUAUCGAAUGACUGGGGAGCGAUCCAGCAGGGGGGCCAAGUGGAGUACCACCACUUCUACGGGUUUAACCCUUUCAGCACCAUGAACCCUCAUUUGUACUACCAAAGGCCGUGCAUGUACCCUCCUGUCUACCAGGGCUACGGCAGCAGCAUGCCUGAGCCUCAGAGCAGCGGAGGCUGGCCUGAGGGCUUCACCCUCAAAGGGGAGCUGCGCUGGGGGAAGCUGGAGAGGAUCAUCGGGGCCCGGAAGGAGGUUCCUGAAUUCGUGAAGGAUGACCUUCGCAGGGUCUACGGCACCUACCCUAAAACAGACGUAAGCAUCACCUACCAGGGAGGCGAGUACCUGGUGAGGGGAGACCCCCAGGUGGGAGAGCAGGAGUACAAGCUGGAGAGGAAGGUCGUCCGCCAGCCAAGCACCCCUGAAGAGGACAGCAUGAGCGAGAUUGUGGAGAGGAAGAAGAACAAAAAGAAGUCGAAGCGUUGACACACAGACAGUGUACCCAGAGGCUGCUGCCCCAGCUGUGGGGGUACUGCAGAGGUGCUGCAGACAUGCCACUCAACCCUAGCUCACACACAGGGGCUCCUUUCAGCAGCUCUUCAACUGAAACAGUGAGCAGCAGCUGAAAGGACUAGGGCCCAACACAGAUUUCAAAAUAGUUUUGACAGAUUCAAAAAAAAAUUUGAGACCAUAUUGAAAAUAAUUCCCAGAGUUACUUGCAGCUGCACACUAUCAUAAACAUUUUAUUUUGUGGCACUGUUUAUUUUGGUGAAAAAAUAUUUUUAGUGCAUCUAAAUUAUAGUCUAAACCAACUAAAAUACAAAAUGUGUUUAUAAUCUGUUCCAUGUGAUUGGUGGUUAAUUGUUAAACAUGUGGUCUGACUGUGCUCUUCAUGUAUGGAGCUGCAUGCUCACAAUCAGUAGUAAUUAUUUGUAAAUGGUAACUAGAGUGGAGGUGAUUUGCAUGUGUUGAACUGUAUCCCAGUGCAGUGCCUGUAGCAGAGGCCAUGCACCUCACUAAUUCCUAUCUUCAUCUUCAUAGACAUGCAUUAAAUGAAGAGGGUUGAGAGCAGGGUUAUCUGUGCAAACAGAACACAACCCACAGGAAAUGAUACAACAAACCUCAAACCUUGAGCUGCGGAGACACACACGGAUUACACUGCUUUCCAAGGGACUUCCAGACACGACACCUCAGGCGUUUACUGCUGUGAUAUAUUAAUGGGAAGUGUAUCCCUUUCCAGAUUGCUGAUUAAACAGGUGCAGGAAACACAACUAUGAAGGUAGAGAGCGUGUGCACACACACAGUCUGAGGCACACAGUAUUCGUGUAUUGCAGUGCAGUAGUUGGGGUGUGUGCACACACACAGUAUUUGUGUAUUGCAGUGCAGUAAUUGGGGUUCGUGUGCACACACAGUAUUCGUGUAUUGCAGUGCAGUAGUUGGGGUGUGUGCACACACACAGUAUUCGUGUAUUGCAGUGCAGUAGUUGGGGUGUGUGCACACACACAGUAUUCGUGUAUUGCAGUGCAGUAGUUGGGGUGUGUGCACACAGUAUUCGUGUAUUGCAGUGCAGUAGUUGGGGUACGUGUGCACACACACAGUAUUCAUGUAUUGCAGUGCAGUAGUUGGUGUGUGUGCACACACACAGUAUUCGUGUAUUGCAGUGCAGUAGUUGGGGUGUGUGCACACACAGUAUUCGUGUAUUGCAGUGCAGUAGUUGGGGUGUGUGCACACACACAGUAUUCGUGUAUUGCAGUGCAGUAGUUGGGGUGUGUGCACACACACAGUAUUCGUGUAUUGCAGUGCAGUAGUUGGGGUACGUGUGCACGCACACAGUAUUCGUGUAUUGCAGUGCAGUAGUUGGGGUGUGUGCACACACACAGUAUUCGUGUAUUGCAGUGCAGUAGUUGGGGUGUGUGCACACACACAGUAUUCGUGUAUUGCAGUGCAGUAGUGGUAAAGUCAGGAUGCUGCUGUGAAGAAGAUGUUUGCUGGUGGGUCGAGACAUCAAGAAUCCUGCACUGUCACGACAGCCCUGCAGCUGGAACCUUUAUCUGUGACUUCACACCAUAUUCAUAAAGCCUGUCCUCUGCAGUUCUGCACCAUUCUGCAAUGUAUGCUGUUUCAUUUGAAAGAUAAGCGCUCUGUAACCCACAUGCAAUAAAACAGGUUAUGGCA